AUGCAUAAAUCAGGUAAGAGAUACUCAGAAACUGCUGCUAAGGUGGCUGCCGGAAGAGCUAGAAAGAGAAAGCAAGCUUAUGAGAAGGAAAAAGCCGAAAGAGAAAAGGUUGCUGAAGAAGAAGCUAAGAAAUGGGAGCAAGGCGCUCGUCAACCAAACCAAAAGAAGCUUCUUGAAGAACAAAAGAAGCAAGAGAAAUUGAGAGCAAGGAAGGAACGUGAUGCCCUAUUAGCUGAAGAAGAGGAAGCUAUCGGUAAGGGUGGUAAGGGUAUUAGGAAAAAUCACUAA